CUUUUGACUGUUAAGUUUUGCGCGAUACGCGCACGGCGCAAUGCGCAUGAGAAUAAACAUAAAACAACUAGGACGUAGGUACAUUGCUACAUAGUUUCUAAUUUUGGUAACAUGUAAAUUUUAAUAUUAUAAAAAUGACUUAAUAAUAUUUUCAUAUGAUAUUGUGUGAAUUAUGUAUGUAAGAAGUGAAUAAAAUAUCGAAGAAAGUAAUCAUGUUGUAAAUGUGAGGAAUUAUUAAUUUAUUUAUUCAAAUACUACGGGGUCAUCACAAUGUGGCAAGUAAGGUUAAAUAAGUUAGAUGAGAAUUCUUUUGACAUGCUGAAGAGAAAGGGCCUGUUGAUACAGUGCGAAUUCUGUGAUAAAACAUUCAAUAAUAGGUAUGCAAGCAUCAUUCACAACUCAUAUCACAUAGUCAUACCUCUGAUCAAGCAAGAACUCUACCGAUGUCCGGAUUGUCUUUUUUACUUUCAAUCAAUUAACAAACUUCAGGAUCACAAGACAAUAAAGCAUAAAGACAAAACUGUAAACAUACAAAAGAUUAAGGUGGAACCGGGAGCAGAAUAUCAGGAUAUCUUUCUGCCGUUACCAUUUGUAGUCAACAGUGACUGCGUUACAGAGUUUAAGACUAAAUAUGAUGAUACAGAAGAGUAUAUAUUACCCGAUGUGUGUAACAGAGAGCCUAUACGAACUAGUCCUUUGCAAGCAUGUGAUAGUGAGGUUCCAGUCGUUGAACCACAGAGUUUAUCAAUACAUUACGAUCAGCUGACCCAGCCUGGUAUAUAUAGGUGUAAAUACUGUGAAAAACAAUUUAUUAAUAAAUUUCAGUCAAUAGAACACGAAACUACACACAUGAGAUUCAAAAAAGGCCGUCCAUUGCUGUGUACGAUUUGUGAUAUGUAUAUUGCAGGAAACCAUUGGCAAUUAAGGAAACAUGUGGAGGAAAAACAUCCUCACCGCACUAACAGGCCGCGUUCAAAAACCCUCUGCACAAUGUGCGGCUUAAAAUAUCACAAAUAUAUACGUCAUUUGAUUAAUUAUCAUCCGAACACAGUCGAAAAUUUAAACAAUGGCGAGGCUGGUCUUGCCGCCAAAACGCUAGAUGUCAAUCUGCCAAAUGGAAGUCAGCUGUCAAAGUCAGUUUUUAACAUAUGUCAAGGGUGUAUGCCGUUUUUGAAAAAGAAAAUAAAUUUGAAGUACGUUAUUGUGGGAAGUGUUCACGAAAUGGGUGUACGGCAUAAGUGCGCCAAAUGUAACCGUAUGUUUUUCGAAAUAACGUUAGUUCAAAGGAUAAAAAGGGAAGUAAAAGCAGUCGAUAAACUUAAUUUUGAAGAUGAUAUGCCGAAACGAAAGCCGCCGUCUAAUGAAGAGAGGUUGAGGAAUAUUCAGAUGCGAUUGAAAAUGAUUAAUAAAUUGAGUAAAUUUUAAUGCUUUUCAUUUAUU